GAAAAAAUCUCUACAUGUGUUAAAUGAUCAUUUUAUUCAAAUAAAAAAAGAUAUUUUUCAAAAACAAAAUUAUGCAAUUUAUCAGUUCUAGAAUUUUGUCUUUGAAUUGCUUUAUUCGUGGUUUUCUACCACGAUCAUCAUCAAAUCAUCAUGUAUUUCGGAUAAUGUCGACUUCUACUGUUGUUACGACUGGUAACAUUGUCGAAUCAACACCAUCGAUCGAAACGUCCGAACCUGGUCAGAUAAUUUCACAAUCACAGGUGAUUGAUCCAAUACUGUUGCCAAUUGAUCGAUCACAAUUGACCCAAACAAAUCUAUCGGUUACACCAAUACGACAAGCAUGGAUUGAAAAUAUGUCCACGCCAAAUUCAGUGAAAUUAGGCUUAAUCGAGCUACACCCGGAAAUUUUUUCCGUAUAUCCACGGCCUGAUGUUAUACAGGAAAAUCAUCGAUGGCAAACAUUAUAUAAACAUGUUGAUUGGACAUGCAUGAAAACCCGGUCCGAAUUGAAAGGUUCGAAUCGAAAACCAUGGCCACAAAAAGGCACGGGCCGAGCACGUCAUGGUAGUCGUCGUGCACCAAUGUGGAUUAAUGGUGGUUGGGCAACUGGUCCACGUGGCCCAAAAACCUAUUUUUAUAUGUUACCAUUUCAUAAACGUUUGAAUGGUUUGAUUGCAACAUUAGCCUCGAAAUUGGCCCAAAAUGAUCUUCAUAUUGUUGAUACAUUUCAAACAUUUCCAUUGGAUGGAACUGUUGAACAUUUACAAGAAUUAUGCGAAACACGUCAAUGGGGCCCUUCGGUUUUAUUUCUAGAUCAAAUCUCAUUGGAUCAAUAUCCAAUGUCAACAAAUGCCCAGCACUUUGAACAAGCAUGUCAAUCAAUUGGUCAUAUAAAUCUGAUACCCGUAUAUGGUUUAAAUGUAUUUUCAAUGUUAAAACAUGAAACAUUAGUUAUGACAAUCGAUGCUUUACGUACAUUGGAACAAAGAUUAUUAUUCAAUCUAAAUCGUAUUGAUUUGCGUAAUGUUAUGCAAAAACAACGGCCAAAUGCAAUACGCAAUAUGUAAUUUGUAAAAUAGUGUAUUUUCCAGCAGUUUUGUUG